GGCGGCGCCGCCGGCGGCUGCUCUUCUCGCUGCGACCGCUCGCGUGCUGCUUUCUCGCCGCGCGUGGGUUCUGCCGCCGCGGCCCAGACUCCGUGGACGUCCCAGCCUCCCCUGCCCCUACCGAGGGUUGCUCCCUGUGGCCCCCGCAGGUCCGGCCGGGGCAUCCAACUUUGCCGCCUGGUCCAUCACUCUCACUCGGUGGGAGCCGAUCUACCCGCCGAGGGUCUGGGGACUCCAGCGGUCCCCGGCCCGGCGCGCACUGCGCGUGGGGCGUGGGGGACGGCCCUGGGGAGACGGCCCGGAGCAGUGCGGAGGCUGCCUGGACUUCCCCGGCGGGGGCUGAAAAGACCCUCCGCGUUACCGCGCGCUGAUGCCUGGACGAGGAGCGCGCCCCGCACCUGCACCAGCGUUGAGAACCGGGCUGCAGAGCCCACGUGACUGUGGGGCUCAGUGAGAUUAACGUCUGAGGACACACGGUCUCCUCCCGUUGUAUGCCCGGCACUUUUCCCACAUGAGGGGCAGACCCACUUUGUAGAAGACAAGUGCCUGGAGCCCGAGACCCCUUGCCCGCCAUGAAGGGAGCCUGCGUCCUCGCGUGGCUCUUCUCAAGCCUGGGGCUGUGGAGACUCGCCUGGUUGGAGGCUCAGGAUGCCCAGUGCCAGAGAGCUGAGCACCCGGUCAUUUCCUACAAAGAAAUUGGCCCCUGGUUGCGGGAGUUCAGAGUGAAGAAUGCUGUGGAUUUCUCGCAGUUAACAUUUGAUCCAGGACAGAAAGAGCUUGUGGUAGGAGCAAGAAACUACAUCUUCAGACUGCAGUUGGAGGAUCUGUCUCUCAUCCAGGCUGUGGAGUGGGAGUGCGACGAGGCGACCAAGAAGGCCUGCUACAGCAAGGGCAAGUCAAAGGAGGAGUGUCAGAACUACAUCCGGGUACUUUUGGUGGGUGGCGACCGGUUGUUUACCUGUGGGACCAACGCGUUCACACCUGUGUGCACCAACCGCUCGCUGAGUAACCUGACCGAGAUCCAUGACCAGAUCAGUGGCAUGGCGCGCUGUCCCUACAGUCCCCAGCACAAUUCCACAGCCCUGCUCACAGCCGGAGGGGAGCUCUACGCUGCGACAGCCAUGGACUUUCCAGGGCGGGAUCCUGCCAUCUACCGAAGUCUAGGCGCCCUGCCACCACUCCGCACUGCACAGUACAACUCCAAGUGGCUCAACGAGCCAAACUUCGUGUCCUCAUACGACAUCGGAAACUUCACCUACUUCUUUUUCCGAGAAAAUGCUGUGGAGCACGACUGCGGGAAGACAGUUUUCUCCAGGGCCGCACGGGUUUGCAAGAACGACAUCGGGGGACGCUUCCUGCUGGAGGACACGUGGACCACCUUCAUGAAGGCGCGCCUGAACUGCUCCCGGCCAGGGGAGGUCCCCUUCUACUACAACGAGCUUCAGAGCACCUUCUUCUUGCCUGAGCUGGAUUUGAUCUACGGCAUUUUCACCACCAAUGUGAACAGUGUCGCUGCCUCUGCUGUGUGUGUCUUCAAUCUGAGUUCCAUCUCGCAGGCCUUCAACGGGCCCUUCAAGUUCCAGGAGAACUCGCGCUCAGCCUGGCUGCCGUAUCCCAACCCCAACCCCAAUUUCCAGUGCGGCACCGUGGACCAGGGCCUGUAUGUGAACCUCACAGAAAGGAACCUUCAGGAUGCACAGAAGUUCAUCCUGAUGCACGAGGUGGUGCAGCCCGUGAGCACAGCGCCGUCCUUCAUGGAGGACAACAGCCGCUUCUCCCACGUGGUGGUGGACCUGGUACAGGGCCGAGACACGCUCAUCCACAUCAUCUACCUGGCCACAGAUUAUGGCACCAUUAAGAAAGUCCGGGCACCCCUGAAUCAGACCUCAAGCAGCUGCUUGUUGGAAGAGAUUGAGCUCUUCCCAGAGAGGAGGGCGGAGCCCAUCCGGAGCCUGCAGAUCCUGCACAGCCAGAGCGUCCUGUUUGUGGGUCUGCGGGAGCACGUGGUCAAGAUCCCCCUGAAGCGGUGUCAGUUCUUCCAAACGCGAAGCUCCUGCAUCGGGGCCCAGGAUCCGUACUGCGGCUGGGAUGCGGUGAUGAGCAAGUGCACCAGCCUGGAGGAGAGCCUCAGCAUGACGCAGUGGGAGCAGAGCCUCGCCGCCUGCCCGACCAGGAAUCUCACUGUGGAUGGUCACUUUGGCCCGUGGUCUCCGUGGACGGCCUGCACACACACAGACGGCAAUGCUGUGGGAACCUGCCUCUGUCGGUCACGCUCCUGUGACAGCCCGGCCCCACAGUGUGGCGGCUGGCAGUGCGAGGGCCCCAGCAUGGAGAUCGCCAACUGUUCCAGGAAUGGAGGCUGGACUCCCUGGACCUCCUGGUCGCCCUGCAGUACCACCUGUGGCAUUGGCUUCCAGGUGCGGCAGCGGUCCUGCAGCAACCCCACGCCAAGGCACGGGGGCCGGGUGUGCGUGGGACAGAACCGCGAGGAAAGAUACUGCAAUGAACACUUGCUCUGCCCGCCGCACGUGUUCUGGACAGGCUGGGGGCCUUGGGAAAGGUGCACUGCCCAGUGCGGGGGUGGCAUCCAGGCGCGCCGCAGGACCUGCGAGAACGGGCCCGGCUGCGUAGGCUGCGACGUGGAGUACCAGCCUUGUAACACCAACCCGUGUCCCGAGCUGAAGAAGACCACGCCUUGGACACCGUGGACGCCCGUCAACAUUUCCGACAACGGCGGCCACUACGAGCAGCGCUUCCGGUACACCUGCAAGGCCCGCCUGCCGGACCCCAAUCUGCUGGAAGUGGGAAGGCAGAGGAUCGAAAUGCGCUACUGCUCUAGUGACGGCACCAGCGGCUGCUCCACGGACGGACUUUCUGGGGACUUCCUGCGCGCUGGGAGGUACGCUGCCCACGCUGUGAACGGGGCUUGGUCGACCUGGACACCCUGGUCCAAGUGCAGCCGGGACUGUGGCAGGGGCAUUCGGAGCAGGAAGCGUGUGUGCAACAACCCGGAGCCCAAGUACGGGGGGAUGCCGUGCCUGGGCCCGUCCGUGGAGUACCAGGAGUGCAACGUCUUGCCCUGCCCAGUGGAUGGUGGAUGGUCCUGCUGGUCAACCUGGUCACAGUGCUCAGCAACAUGUGGCGGAGGACACCACAUGAGGACGCGAUCAUGCACCAACCCCGCCCCAGCCUAUGGAGGAGACAUCUGCCUGGGGCUGCACACUGAAGAGGCUCUCUGCAACACACAGCCCUGCCCAGAGAGCUGGUCAGAGUGGUCUGACUGGUCUGCCUGUGACCCUUCUGGGGUCCAGACCCGGGUCCGCCACUGCCUCCUCCCAUUCCCGGUGGGCAGCCAGUGUUCUGGGAACAGCACAGAGAGCCGGCCAUGUGUUUUCGACUCCAACUUCAUCCCAGAAGUAUCCGUGGCAAGAUCCAGUAGUGUAGAAGAGAAGAGAUGUGGUGAGUUCAAUAUGUUCCACAUGAUCGCCGUGGGCCUGAGCAGCUCCAUCCUCGGCUGCCUCCUCACCCUGCUCGUCUACACCUACUGCCAGCGCUACCAGCAGCAAUCCCAUGAUGCGACUGUCAUCCACCCCGUGUCACCUGCCCCUCUCAACACCAGCAUAACCAACCACAUCAACAAACUGGACAAGUACGACUCAGUGGAGGCCAUCAAGGCAUUUAACAAGAACAACCUGAUCCUAGAAGAAAGAAACAAAUACUUCAACCCUCAUCUUACUGGGAAGACCUAUUCUAAUGCCUACUUUACAGAUCUCAAUAAUUAUGACGAGUACUAAUGACUCAUAUUUUUGGCUUCUUGUAAAUCCUCAGUUCCUCAAAGCCUGUGCUCCAGACUUCCAUGUUUCCAAGGCUUCUAAGAGGAAGUUUGGGUCUAUUUCAAGUGCAUUUCAAGCCAUGAGUGUCCCGUUGCUGCCCCAAAUACACAUCCUUAAAAUGCCACCGAAAGCUAAAUAGGACACAGUGAAAAUCUGGUCUACAGUGAACAGUUGAUCACUGUGAAAUGAGCCAUGGUGUGAAGUUUUUUAAAUCAUAUUCAGCCUGUUGUUCCAUGAACUUUAUUUUACAUAUAUGCCACCUGUGUUGGAAGGUAUCAGAGGAAUACAAAUUUCUUCUUAAUUUGAGGUCUUCAUGUCUUUAUUCAAGAAAAUAAGCACCUUCUCUGAGAGCCCCUCUAUCCACAAGGUCCAUAUUGUUUGACAAAUUGAAGAAAAUGAAUUUGGUCUAAGGAGUGUUUGCCACGGACCUCCCAAUUUUCAUAUUGUGGAAAAUGCUAUAGGUUCUCAGGAGCAGCUAUGUUUGGACUUGGAAAGCGUCUUGCCCGAGAAAGCCCAGGAGUCCAGGGAGCCCACCUGCCCUGCACCUGCCCAGGUGAUGGUCAGCUGAGAGGCCCACCUGGAUCUGGAGGCCACGACUGCUCCGCUGUGGAAUGAACACACGGGACCCAGGCACAGACACAGGGACUCAGGACGGCACUCUGCGGCUUGCUGCAAAACCAGCCUCCCGGUGACUUCUGCUUUUCAUGUUGGCCUGAAGCCCACCAGGAAUGUCCCACAGAGCAGCCUGUGGAGCAGUCACUCUUCAGAAGGUGGAUCGACUCCACACCUCCUCUCCCAGCACACAGAUAUUGCCAACUAGGGAAAGUAUUGAGAGUUCAGAUCUAGAAAGAAAAUAACUU